GGUUAUGACAUAAUUCCAGCUGUAUAUAAGGAUAUCGAGGAUAUUGUUUGUAUCGUUUAUAUGAGUCUCAAGAAACUUGACAGUUCAAUUGUGUUCAUAUCCAUUUGUCUUAAGAGAGGUCAAUGUAAGUUGGGAUGGUGAAAGUAAAUAGCAUAUCAUUAAACCAGGAUGCAUCAUGUUUAUCUGUUUCGCUCGACAAUGGAUACAAAAUCUUUCAGUUGAAUCCUCUAAAGCUCAGAGCUCAAAGAAAAUUCAAGAAUGAAGGAUUUUCGAUAGUGCAAAUGCUUUAUAAAAGCAAUAUUUUACUGUUGGUUGGAGGUGGGAACAAUCCGAAAUAUCCACCAAACAAGCUUAUUGUUUGGGAUGAUGUGAAGGAAAAACCUGUUCGCGAGCUUGAGUUACAUUUUGAAAUUAAGGGACUAUCGUUCAAUGGUGAACAUUUGGUUAUCGCUACUACUUCAAAACUCUUUUUGUAUCAUUUUACCCAUGCGAUGAAAUUAGUCAGGACUAUAGACACUCAGAACCCCAAAGGUUUAUGUGCUAUGGUGACCACAAAGGAAAAAACCGCGGUGGUUUUUCCGUCAAAAAAAAUUGGACAGUUUCAGAUUCUAUUUUUGCUAAAAGACCUUAUCAAUACGAGUAUUAUUUCAGCACAUGACAGCGAAAUUUCCUGCUUAGGUAUAUCUCAAUCGGGAUCCAAAAUUGCCUCUUCCUCUUCUUCCGGUACCCUUAUAAGAGUAUGGAAUGCAGAAACAGGAGAAAAAGUAUCCGAGUUUCGAAGGGGCUAUCAAUAUGCGUCAAUUAAUCAAUUGUCAUUUUCUCCUGAUGAAUUACUUUUGGCUUGUGCCAGCACAAAAGAGACGCUACAUGUAUUCUCGUUGCAUGGGAGUCCUAAUACCAAGAGGAGCAUAAAGCCUCCAAACCCCGAUCCACAGGAUGUACAUGAAUUACUGUCGCCCAGAAAUGAAUCUCGCCGACAGACCCAUUGGAAAAGGAAAAUGUUAAAGCUGAUUGACAGUGGAAAACGUGCCCAUUGGAGAAUCCCAUUGUAUCAGUCGAGUCCCGUUCUUCUUCAUUGGCUUGAUGAGAUGACUUUGAUCAUCUGCUAUAGCGACGCUGCAUAUCAAAGACUACGUCUAACUAUUCAUGAAAUAACGCAACCUGAUGAACAGAUUAUGUCUCAUGCUAAUUAUUGUUACGAUUAUGUCUUGGAAGCCGAUGGUUCACUUUAACUUCUGCACGGUUUACCAUAUUUUUCUCAUAAUUUAAAACUGUUUUUGAUUAUUAGAGGAUAAAAACAAAAGAAAAAUGAAAUGAAAUAACUUAAACAUUCUUCAAUUGCCUCUCCUUAUGGUAAUGAGCACUUUAUUGAACAAUAUCACUUUCUUUUGCAUACAAAAUUUGAAGAAAUGUAAAUUCUAAUAUUUAAA